AACCCUUCCCCGGUAGAAGUCUCUAGAACCCGCUUCACUCUCCUGGCCCUCCUUGCUUUAAAGGCCUCGCUACUUUCGUUCACUUUGUUUCAAGUCUUAGGUUUUGGUCUCUGUCUCUGUAUCUGUCUUCUCGAAUCUUCGUUCCUAGAAUCUUACGCCACAGAUGGAUGAGGAUUUUGAUAUGCCGCCGCCGGAGGAGAUGAACGAGGACUUUGAUCUCCCCGACGACGGUACCGGCCUUAAGGUUGGAGAGGAGAAGGAGAUCGGCCAGCAGGGGUUGAAGAAGAAGCUCCUCAAGGAUGGUGAAGGCUGGGAGACACCUGAAGUGGGCGAUGAAGUUGAAGUUCACUACACGGGAACGCUGCUUGAUGGGACUAAGUUUGAUUCGAGCCGCGACAGGGGAACGCCCUUCAAGUUUACGCUCGGGCAAGGGCAAGUAAUUAAAGGGUGGGAUCAGGGUAUUAAAACCAUGAAGAAAGGUGAAAAUGCCAUUUUCACCAUCCCUCCUGAACUAGCAUAUGGCGAAUCCGGUUCACCUCCAACGAUUCCUCCUAAUGCUACUCUGCAAUUUGAUGUUGAGCUUCUGUCUUGGACGAGUGUGAAGGAUAUAUGUAAGGAUGGCGGCAUAUUUAAGAAAAUACUUACUGAAGGAGAGAAAUGGGAGAACCCCAAAGAUCCUGAUGAAGUUUUAGUUAAAUAUGAAGCUCGUCUUGAAGAUGGAACGCUUGUAUCAAAAUCUGAUGGAGUGGAGUUUACAGUGAAAGAUGGUUACUUCUGUCCUGCGUUGUCAAAGGCUGUGAAAACCAUGAAAAAGGGAGAGAAAGUGCUUUUAACUGUGAAGCCGCAGUAUGGUUUUGGUGAGAAGGGUAAGGCAGCACAUGGUGAUGAAGGUGCAGUUCCACCUAAUGCAACCUUGCAGAUAACUCUUGAAUUGGUAUCUUGGAAGACUGUUUCAGAAGUAACUAAUGAUAAGAAGGUCAUUAAGAAAAUCCUCAGUGAAGGGGAAGGAUAUGAGCGUCCAAAUGAGGGAGCUGUUGUGAAAUUGAAAUUGAUUGGUAAACUGCAAGAUGGUACUGUGUUCUUUAAGAAGGGUCAUGAUGAAGAGCUGUUUGAAUUCAAAACAGAUGAAGAGCAAGUUAUCGAUGGGCUUGAUAGAGCAGUGUUGACUAUGAAAAAGGGUGAAGUAGCAUUGUUGACUGUUGCACCUGAGUAUGCCUUUGGAUCAUCAGAGGCUAAGCAAGAAUUGGCUGUUGUUCCUCCCAACUCAACUGUUUACUAUGAAGUUGAACUAGUAUCAUUUGUGAAGGAGAAGGAGUCCUGGGAUAUGAACACUCAGGAGAAGGUUGAGGGUGCGGGUAAGAAGAAAGAAGAAGGAAAUGCGUUGUUUAAGAGUGGAAAAUAUGCAAAAGCUUCUAAAAGAUAUGAGAAGGCUGUAAAGUACGUAGAGUAUGAUUCCGCCUUCAGUGAAGAGGAAAAGAAGCAGGCCAAGGCACUAAAGGUCGCAUGCAAUCUGAACAAUGCGGCUUGCAAGUUGAAAUUGAAAGAUUACAAAGAAGCCGAGAGAUUGUGUACUAAGGUUCUGGACCUUGAAAGUAGAAACGUGAAGGCACUUUAUAGAAGAGCCCAGGCCUACAUCGAGCUGGCUGACUUGGAUUUGGCUGAAUUUGAUAUAAAGAAAGCUCUGGAGAUUGACCCUGAUAACAGGGAUGUGAAGCUGGAGUACAAGACCUUGAAGGAAAGGAUGAAGGAGUACAACAGAAAGGAAGCUAAAUUUUAUGGAAAUAUGUUUGCCAAGAUGACUAAGGUGGAGUCAGAUGGCAGUAAUAAGCCAGCAGACAAAGAUGCUGAACCUAUGAGCAUCGACAGCAAAGCAUAAAAACUCCAGUGGAAAAUUAUACACUCCAGCAAUUAGGAACAAUGUUCUAUGUUUCUGGGGUUUGCUCCUUUUUUUUUUUUUUUUGGCCCACCAGGUUUACCAGUGGACAUUGAAAUAUUAUGGUUUUCUAGUGUCGGAACAAUUAUGAUUGUUAUGAUUAUGAUUGCUUUACUGCUACUUAUUGUGUCCCAGUUUUAUGUACGUCUAGUUGAUAACUGACUAGAUUUUAAAUUUUA